UUAGUAGACUGUUUGAAAAUGAAAUUAAAUAUUAAAUCAAAGUGUUGCAAUUGAGUUCCUUAAUUGAAUUAUUUACAAUUUGUGAAAGAGACAUGAGACUGAACACGCUUUGGAGUUCGAUGGGGGCCAUGAGCUGCGGCUCCCUGAUCACCUACUUGACGCUCCGACAUUUCGAUGGGCAGCCGUCGUCUGCUUUCUCAUCUGGAGGCGGGGAUUCCAUGCGCGAGUUGGGAUCGAAGGAUAUUGGAGCCUGGCUUCAUGAAUGGGACCAACCCAAGCCCGUGCCCCAAAAUGUGGCAGAACGCGACGAGUCAUCCGCCCUUCGGCAUAUUAUCCUGGUGCGGCAUGGUGAAUACACGAAGUCUUCCAACGGCAGCCACCUCACGGACUUGGGGCGCCUCCAGGCGGAGAGGACGGGCCGUCGGCUGCGGGAAAUGGGCGUGGCCUGGGACCAUGUGGUGGCCUCCACCAUGCCACGAGCCCAAGAGACGGCCAUGAUCAUCCUCAAGGAGCUUAACUUCGAUCCACUGAAAAUGAAGCGCUGCACCUUGCUGCCCGAGGGAACGCCCUAUCCGGGGGAUCCUCCACAGAAGCGCAGUGUGAGGAGCAUUGACAUGUCCUACCAGCGAGAUGGGCCACGCAUCGAAGCAGCCUUUCGGCGGUAUUUCUUUCGUGCCACACCGGAGCAGGACCACGACUCCCAUCUGCUUAUCGUGGGCCACGCCAACGUCAUUCGUUACUUAAUCCUGCGGGCGCUGCAACUGCCGCCGGCUGCCUGGACCCGGCUCAACCUGAAUCACGGCUCAAUUACCUGGCUGACUGUGUGGCCCAACGGCUAUGUGACCCUCCGCUGCAUGGGCGAUUCCGGUUUUAUGCCCGUAUCCGAGCUGACCUAUCGAAGGCCGGCGCCCGCGCAACUGGCCGUAAAAUCAAAUGGAAAAUAGCUCAUGAUUAAAGCCGUUUCACAG